AUGCCGGAACCCACCAAAUUCAUUUUGGUACCAGAAUCAUCAUACAGUAACGUUACAGCUUUGCAUUCCUGCAGACAGUGUGUAAAACCACUGACGGUUGUGACGUGCACCAACAUAUUUUGUGAUGGUAAUCACGAGGAAGGAAGUGGGACCAGUGAAUGCAACCGUGAGGAUGAAGGUGAAAGAAUCAAUAGUAAUAGAUAUGCAGCAAGCGGGAAAUGCUACAAUAACGAAACUGAUGACGUGCAUCAUGAUGGGGAUGAAGACAACAAUGAUAAAGGUCACGACAACAACGACAAAAGUGUAAAAUCCACGCAAGAAUGGCGCAGAAUCAGAAUCUAUGAUAAUGAACGACAACGGAAAUUCACAGGACGCAGAGAAAAACAACGGUCGAAAAGACGAGAUACAAUCAAUCAAUUUAUUGGAAGUUUCGUUUUAUUUGUCAGCACUAUGCGAGUCUCACUGGCUUGUCCUGAAAUUAUUUCAUCAAUCUGCCGUUGUGAUGAUUCACAGAAUGGUAUAAUCCUCAAAUGCUCACAUGUUGAUGGAUCCCAGGCUGUUUACAUGUUGAAAGCUAAUCAGAUCAAUUUGGGUCUGAUCCAACAGCUAGAAAUGCAAGAUUCUGGGCUGAAACAUAUUCCUGCUGGAUUUUUUUCCGGAUUAUUCAUCAAGAAACUGGAUUUGUCAUAUAAUAGUAUUACAGAUAUCGACGAAAACAGCUUCCUGGAGAUGAACGAUAUUUUACAGGAACUUAUAUUACAUCAUAACAAUUUAACACAGUUACCAUCUAAAGCACUAACACCAUUAUCAGCACUUUUACGGCUCGAUUUGUCCAAUAAUUCAAUUGGUGACAUUGAAGCGGAGCAUGCCUUUCCGCCAUUAUCCAAGCUAUAUGAUGUUAGCUUAGCAAAUAAUCGUAUAUGCCAGAUACACAAGAAUGCAUUUGAACAUGUUAAACACAGUAUACAAACGAUUAAUCUUGGCAGGAACUGUUUGAAGGAAGUUCCAGCACCAGCAAUUCGAGGAUUCAAACAAUUAAUGGCACUGCAUUUACACAACAACAACAUCAGCUCACUGAAAGCACUGUCGUUCAUGAACUUACCAUUAAUUAAUUUGUUGAAUCUGGCAUCAAAUCAGAUCUCAACCAUUCAUAACCGAACAUUCCUCAAUGUACCCAAUUUGCGAUACCUGUAUUUAACCCGAAAUCGAAUAACUAAUAUCUCACCACAUCAGUUUAGCUCAUUCGAACAACUUGAAAUGCUUGAUCUGACCGGCAACCACCUGAAUGAACUACAGGAACAUUCAUUUUCAAAUUUGAAAAAUUUACGACAGUUAUAUCUAGGUGAAAACUAUAUAAGAAGCGUAAAACCAGGUAGUUUCGCAAACAGUUCAAUGGUCAUCCUGAUUUUGAAUUCAAACCGCCUCGAGGAACUUCAAGAAGGAAUGUUUGAUGGAUUGCCUAAAUUGCAACAAUUAGCUCUCAAGGAUAACCAC